GUAAGAGAGGGGGAAAGAAAGAGGAAAAGAGUGCGAGGGAGUGAGGGAGGGAGGAAAAUAAACAACAAAAAAUGUCCUCUUCCUCCCCCACCGGGCAGAUUGCAAGUGCGGCGGACAUCAAGCAGGAGAAUGGGAUGGAAAGCGCCUCGGAAGGGCAGGAGGCGCACCGAGAAGUGGCGGGGGGCGCGGUGGCGGGGCUGAGCCCCCCGGCUCCAGUCCCUUUCCCCCUGGAGCCGGGGGACGCCGCGGCCGCCGCCGCCAGGGUGAGUGGAGAGGAAGGGGCAGUGGCGGCGGCGGCCGGAGCGGCGGCGGAUCAGGUACAACUCCACUCGGAACUUCUGGGCAGGCACCACCACGCCGCCGCCAGCACCACCGCACAGACCCCGCUGGCCUUCUCGCCGGACCAUGUCGCCUGCGUGUGCGAGGCGCUGCAGCAGGGGGGCAACCUGGACCGCCUGGCCCGGUUCCUGUGGUCCCUGCCCCAGAGCGACCUGCUACGUGGCAACGAGAGCCUGCUGAAGGCGCGGGCGCUCGUGGCCUUCCACCAGGGCAUCUACCCUGAGCUCUACAGCAUCCUCGAGAGCCACAGCUUCGAGUCGGCCAACCACCCGCUGCUGCAGCAGCUCUGGUACAAGGCGCGCUACACGGAGGCCGAGCGAGCCCGCGGCCGGCCGCUGGGCGCCGUGGACAAGUACCGGCUACGUAGGAAAUUCCCCCUGCCCCGCACCAUCUGGGACGGCGAGGAGACGGUGUAUUGUUUCAAGGAGAAGUCGCGCAACGCGCUCAAGGAGCUCUACAAGCAGAAUCGCUACCCUUCGCCCGCCGAGAAGCGGCACCUGGCCAAGAUCACCGGCCUCUCCCUCACCCAGGUCAGCAACUGGUUCAAGAACCGCCGGCAGCGCGACCGGAACCCCUCGGAGACCCAGUCCAAAAGUGAGUCAGAUGGAAAUCCCAGCACUGAAGAUGAAUCCAGCAAGGGACAUGAAGAUUUGUCUCCUCACCCACUCUCAGGUUCAUCAGAUGGUGUCACCAACCUCAGCCUUUCCAGUCACAUGGAGCCAGUAUAUAUGCAACAAAUUGGAAAUACUAAGAUACUAAGCUCUUCUGGAGUUUUGUUGAAUGGAAGCUUGGUACCUGCAAGUACUUCACCUGUCUUCCUUAAUGGUAAUUCUUUUAUUCAGGGACCCAAUGGAGUUAUCCUUAAUGGAUUAAAUGUGGGAAAUACACAGACAGUGUCAUUGAACCCACCAAAACUGUCUUCAAACAUUUUGAGCAAUGGUGUAGCCAUGACUGACAUACUGGGAUCUACCUCCCAGGAUGUGAAGGAAUUUAAAGUCCUCCAGAGUUCUGCUGCUAACUCAGCAGCCACCAACUCCUAUAGCCCCAGUGCCCCCGUGUCAUUCCCAGGGCUGAUACCCAGCACUGAGGUGAAAAGAGAAGGCAUUCAAACAGUGACUUCCCAGGAGGGAAGCUCCGUAGUGACUUUUACUACACCAGUGCAAAUUAACCAAUAUGGCAUUGUCCAGAUCCCUAAUUCCGGAGCAAACGGCCACUUCCUUAAUGGGAGCAUUGGAUUCUCUCCACUGCAGCUGCCUCCUGUCUCAGUGGCAGCUUCACAAGGUAAUAUUUCAGUAAACUCAAGCACUUCGGAUGGGGGCACAUUUACAAGUGAGUCUGCCACAGUCCAGCAAGGAAAGGUUUUCUUGAGCUCUAUUGCUCCCAGUGCAGUGGUAUACACUGUUCCUAAUUCAGGCCAGACUGUAGGAUCUGUGAAACAGGAAAAUUUGGAAAGGAGCCUGGUAUUCAGUCAGUUGAUGCCUGUCAAUCAGAAUGCACAAGUAAAUGCAAAUCUGUCUUCUGAAAAUAUCUCGGGGAGUGGCCUCCAUUCACUGGCCUCCUCAUUAGUUAAUGUAUCCCCAGCUCACAAUUUUUCCCUGACUCCCCCUACACUACUAAAUCCCACCGAGCUAAACCCUGACAUUGCUGAUAGCCAGCCAAUGUCUGCACCUGUGGCAAACAAAUCUACUGUGACAUCUGUCAGCAACACUAACUAUGCAACUCUUCAGAACUGCUCCCUUACUACUAGCCAAGACCUAUUGUCAGUCCCUAUGACUCAGGCUGCCCUUGGAGAAAUAGUUCCUGCUGCUGAAGACCAGGUGGGUCAUGCCUCCCCAGCAGUACACCAGGAUUUUGUCAGAGAACAUCGUUUGGUUCUGCAAUCAGUAGCUAACAUAAAAGAGAAUUUCUUACAAAAUUCUGAGAGUAAAGCAACAAGCAGCUUAAUGAUGCUGGACUCCAAAUCCAAGUAUGUCCUAGAUAGCAUGGUUGAAACUGUCUGUGAAGACCUGGAAACAGACAAAAAAGAGCUUGCCAAGCUCCAAACUGUCCAGUUGGAUGAAGAUAUGCAAGACUUAUAAACUUUAUCCCCAAACCCUUUUUUUGGCAUCAGCAGCAAAUCUUUUCAUGAAGCCCCAAGACAAAACAUUUUCCAUUGAAAGGAAAAUAUUCUACUUUUGCAAGUAAAUGCAUUCAAGAAACUUUGGAUUGAUCUGCAUGAAGAUCAGUUAAAAAUACAAUCGUAGAACUGCAUUACUGCAGCUUUUUUGUUCACACAUAAUGUUCUCUUUUAAAUAGAUGGAGACAAAGGAACAAGAUGAAACGUAUCAAGUCAGAGUAUAUCAUUUAGUUGGCAAUAUCAUUCUAAGGUCAAAAUAGAACUUUAUAGUUUUUUAAAUUAAAAAUGCAUACACCUAACAGAAUUAAGUAUAGCUAAAGACUGUUAGAAACAAUGCAAUUGUUUUUGUUUACUUUUACUCCAUGGGCAUUGAUAAGGUUAAGAAACAAAUGGUACUGCAAACUAUUUUAAGAGUGUUUUUUUUUUUUAAGGUUAAGUAGCUUAAAACAUUAUACAUAUGUAUAUGUAUGUACGUACACACAUUUCUCUUUCAGCGUUUUUGAGGAAGUCUUGGUUAAGUCUCUACACAUUUCCAAAUAUUAUUGCUAACAGUUCACUGUGGCUGAGGAAGUUUGAACCUCCACAAAAACUCUGAAACACUUCAGUAUGAAUGUAAAUAUAUCAGUUCUGUAAGUAGGAUUUGAGUAAGUACGGUGAAUUUUAUUUAUACUGUGUAUGUUUCUCUUAUACUUCAGGCGUUAUAAACUGAAAAGAAAAAUGUUUUCUUACUGUUUAAUUUAUUUUUAUUGUUUGAACAGGAAGCGAACAUCAUUGUUUCCAACAAAGUUUUACUUUUUUGUAGAAUUUUUAAAACAAUGAUUUUUAUCAGGAGUCUAUUAAGGUCAAUAUUAAUAACACUGAAACAGGAACUCUAACUCCCAAUAUUGGAAUUUUGGUACUUUUUUCAUACCUUUGUUCUUUAUUUAGCAACACAGUUCAUUUAAAUAUGUUUUAUAUAGAAUUCUAUGUGCCUUUUUACCUUGUGGCCUUUUUAUUAGUAGUGAGAUACAGAAGUGUCAACAAAAGCACUGAUGAUUCUUUUCUACUAUCUAACAGGGUCAAUUUCAUCCCAAUUGCUUUAAGUCUGGAGAACUUAAGUUUCACUAAAUAAUAUGUGUUAUGAUUAUCAUGCAAAUGGAUCAAUUAUUAUUGAUGAUUUUCAUUACAGUGAAAAUAAACUGUAGAAGACCAUGUAAAAUCAAUUAUGCAGCCAGGAAAACAAAAAUGUUAAAGAAAAAAAUAUGUAAUUUUUUUUUCCUAUUGAGCAAAAUUCUGUCCCAUCGAAAUUUCAUUCUUAGUGUCUUGAAUUAGUUAUUACACUAUAACACAUGACUCUUUGCACUAUAUUAACAAGUCUUUUGUAAAAGUAAAUUUUGGGGGUUUUCUUUAAGUUUGCUUGAUAAUGUUUAUGUUUAUCAGGACUCUGAAUGCAAGAUGUAAUAAUGCAAUUCAUUUAUAUAGUAAAUAAAGUUACCUCUGGCCUCUAAAAAGCCAGAAAAGUGAAAAAUGGUCUCUUCAGUGAGGACUUAAAGUUGUUAAACAUAAAAAUGUUACAUCUUGUUUACUUUAAGAUGUGGACAAAGGGUCCUCUCUAGAGCUCUGCAUGCCCCUCAGUGGAGCACAUUGAAUAAGGGCCAUAGAGUACUUAACUUUUGCUAUUAUUGCAAAUGUAAAUCACAGGCAUAGAUGAAAACACCUAUGAAGAAUUCCUCUCCCUUCAUUUUGAUAAAGAACUUACUACAUCUUUUUUUUUUUUUUUUUUAAUGAAAUUAGUGACUAUUCCUAAGCUGCUGAAACUGUUUUUUGCCUUGGUUUUUACAAAGUCAGGUGUUUUAGAGCUCUCUUCCAUUCUACCACUACUUACUUAUACAGCUUUCUUUUUCUUUGGUUCUGUGUUAUCAAGAUUAAUUACAUGGCUCUGUACUGUAGUGUACAUAAAAAUGAUGUUUUCCAUUUGAUUACUGCAGCUAUCAAGAGUUUGUUAAUUAUUUAAAACUACCCAUCUAGUAAGGGAGAUAAGCAGGUUUUAAAAGUUAUAUAUGGCACAUAUGUAACUGGAAAAUUUUUAUAUGUCUUCCAAAAAUAUAAGCCUUUUAUUUAGAGUUCUUCUUCUCCCCUUAUGAAAAAGAUAGCACAAAACUUAAGACUUACCUAGGAAACCCCUUUAUAUUUUCAACAUGAUAUAAUAAUAACCCUACAGUUAUUCUAGGUAGCUACACAAUAUACCAGGUUAAGAAUCAAUGCACAUUGCAAAGAACUUAUUGUUCUUUUCUAUUCUUUCAGUAAAGUAAGGGCCAGUUGGCAUGUAGCCCAUGUAUAUGUGAAUGGAAUAAGAUAAACCCCAUGAUCUCCUUGCACAGAAUUGCAAAUUUUUUUGUUUUUUUAUUUUUAUUUUUUUGCAAUAACAAGGGCCAGACUCAGAACCCUUGGAGUUCAUGUGGCAGAAUAUCCUUACAUAAACCAAUGCUUGAAGAUGCUACAGAUGACCCUCUAGUGGCCCCAAAGAAGAAUUGGAAUGGGGCAAAUAACCCUUCAAAUCCCAACCCCUGCUGCUGGCUUUUGGGAUUUUUGGUGUGAGCCUAUCUAUGCACUCUAUCAGCCAGAAUUUGGCAUUUUGCUCUUAGUCAUAUCUAGUAAAGGACAGUCUAUUGUUUAAAUAGAAGGUGUAUUUGUUUCUUAAGCAAGAGCACCUGGGUUAUACUGCAUUAUAUCUCAUGUGUAAUUAUAGUAAAGACUCUGAAUUAAUCACACACUCUAGUGCCUUUCUUAUGUUGUGAAAGGCAGGUAGAUGUUUUAGCCAUAGAUUAAAAAAAAAAUAGUUAAAUUGCACACUGACCUUAAAUCUCCCUGUAUGUGCCCUUGUAUCUUGCAUGUUAAAAGUUGGAUAAUUGGGCAUGUGUAGCAGCAACCUGCCCUGCUACAUCCUAGAGAGUGUGCUUUAGUACAUAGCUACCAGUACUUAACAUUCUUUAAACUGUGUUAACAGAUCAUCUCAUAUAAAAAUAAUUCAGGAAAAUGUAGGGAAAAGAAAUAUAUUUUACAAAAGAUGUUUCAAAGUCAUCUACUACUUAGAUGAUAGUGUCUAACAGUUAUUUUGUAUCUAACUGAUACAUUUCAAGUUAAUUAAAUAUUACCACCAUACACUUUAUUAGUCAAAAUUAUAUAGCAUGUGAUUCUUUUGGCUUUCAGGGUUCUCAAAAAUUUUUUAUUCUUUUGUUGCAUGUACUAUAUGUUCAGAGGCAAUCAGUUAUGUACUCAAAAUGGUUUUACUGUGCCUUACACAAAGAAACUCUAUACAGAAUGUAUAUCAUGGGGUGGGGGAACAGAGUCUUUACUGCACUGUUAGGUGAUGGCACACAGAGCAUGUCCCAGAACAUUUCUGUGCUUAAUUACCCAACCAAAGAGAUCUAAAGUAUGUAUGUUGUACUGUAAUGGGGGUUUAUGCCUGGACAAUUAAGUGUUUUAUUUGUUUUCUGAAAUGAUGUGAACUUAUUUUUCUAAACACUAUGCUAAAUAAACUUUAUAUUUAUACAUA